ACCAGUCGAUAAACCGGUCGACUGUCUCGGACUCUGUCAGUUGCGAUUCGCACUCUGUGAAGGCAACACGUUCCACCAAUAAUGAGAAUCAAACAAACAUUAUUUACAAUCCAGUUAGUUUAAUAGUAUUGGUAAUUAGACAAAUGGUGGUAACGCCUAAAGUAGUAUUUAUUCCAUCCAAAUCAACUGCGGUGUCCGCUUUACCUUGAACCGCGAUUUUUUAUUCUGUGGUUUUUCCUUGUUUUGCAAGUCAAGAUGUCUUUGAGCCUGUAUUUUGUACUUUUUGUCGCUCCGCUCGUGCUAUGCGCGAACGUGUCGAUUGACCCGGCAACUCUGCACAACGUCUUUGGGUUUCCUUAUGCGCUAAACACUGUGGCCGCAGCCAACCAGCCCAGCGCAAGUGCUGCAGGCUAUUCAGCCCAGGCAUACCCAGUCCAGGGUUACUCCAACCAGGGUUAUGGAGUCAAAGUCCCCCCGGCAAACAGCCAGGUUGCAGCCGUCACCCCGGCCAAUGGAACCCUGGUGGAUCUUGACUACUGGGACUCCGUAGAUGAAUACACCCCCUCCGCUACCGACUAUGACAAAUUUGACUGGACCCUAACUAAACGUGUAGCGUCAUCAUCGAAUGAGAACUUCUUGCUGUCACCUCUAGGCCUGAAGUUGGCUCUGGCCAUUCUCACGGAAGCCGCAACUGGCAACACUCAAGCUGAGCUCUCUAACGUCUUGGGCUUCGACCUCGACAGGGUGUUGGUGCGAAGGAAGUUCUCCGCCAUCAUAGAAUCUUUGCAGAAUAGUAAAUCAGACCAGUACAUCCUGAACUUAGGUAAUAGGAUUUAUGUGGAUGACAUUGCUGAGCCGCGUCAACGUUUCGCAGCCAUUGCGCAAGAGUUCUACAAAACCGAAUUGACGAAGAUCGACUUCGACAAUCCUGCUGUUGCAGCCAGAGACAUUAACAACUGGGUAGCUAACAAGACUGAUGGGCAUAUCACCAAUUUGGUUGGCGAAGAUGAUAUUACCGGCAUGGUUGUCCUGGUCCUCAACACGCUGUACUUCAAGGGAACUUGGCGACAUCAGUUCGCUCCUAACGCCACAAAACUCGCUCCUUUCUACGUAUCUCCCACCGUCCAGAAACAAGUUCCUUUCAUGAAUGUCAGGGAUAAUUUCUACUAUGCCGACUCUACCAAAUAUGACGCUAAAAUUUUAAGAAUGCCCUAUAAGGGUAUGAAGUUCUCUAUGUACAUCAUAGUGCCUAAUUCAUUGACGGGUCUGCCGCGCAUCUUGAAUGGACUGAGCGAUCUUCGUUCUGAACUGUAUUAUUUGCAAGAGCACGUUGUGGACGUCACACUACCCAAGUUCCAAUUUGACUACACAUCGUUAUUGGAUGGCAUCCUUAAGGAGCUGGGUAUCAGACAAGCGUUCGAAGACACUGCUUCGUUCCCCGGCAUUGCUCGCGGACAAAGUUUACUCCAACGCCUCCGCAUCUCCAAAGUGCUGCAACGGUCGGGCAUUGAAGUCAAUGAAAUUGGCAGCAUUGCUUAUUCAGCCACAGAAAUAUCGCUGGUGAACAAAUUUGGCGAGGAUGCAGAGAGCAAUCGCGAGCUGAUUGCUAACAAGCCCUUCUUGUUCUUCAUCCAAGAUGAGGCCACAAGACAACUGCUGUUCACAGGCCGCGUGUCCAACCCUGCCUUAGUCGACGGGGCCUUCAAGCUUCAAUUUCUGGCGUUUGCACAUGUGUACAGUCUAGAUGGCCAGCAACAACUGGAUCAAUCUAGGUUAAACUUUUUUGACACGGAUCUUCUUCGCUACUCCUGUGAAGAUCGCAAAGGCAAUGUUGUUGUCUCACCAGCCAGUAUGAAGUCUACCCUGGCGAUGAUACUGGAAGGCGCUGGCGGGGCCACGGCAGCUGAAAUCAGAAGUGCUUUGAGACUGUCGCCCGAUAAAGAUGAGUUUAGGGAGCAGUUGAAUUUUUACCUAUCCAUGCUACAGGGCAACAAAACUGGAGCAAUCUUACAAAAUGCCAAUGCAGUGUUUGUGUCUGACAAGUUGAAACUGAUGAAAGAUUAUGAGCUGAUGCUGCAGAAAGUGUACAUGACAGACGUAUCCAAGAUGGACUUCAAAGAUCCGUUUCCUGUUGCUGAGCACAUCAACAGCUGGGUGAAUAACAGGACUAAAGGACUCAUACCCACUAUUAUAGAACCUGUGCAAAUCACUCCAUACACCCAAAUCCUGUUAACCAACGCGCUGUACUUCAAGAGCAACUGGCAGCACCCAUUCGACUCCAAGAACACCAGAAGUGGCUGCUUCCACCUCCAGGGUGUGUGUCGCAACGUGGCCAUGAUGGAACUUCAUGCUGAGCUGAAUUAUGCUUAUGUAGAAAACCUCAGGGCCCAUGCUGUUGAAUUGCCAUAUGAGGGUGCUCAAUACUCAAUGGUGUUGCUGGUGCCUCAAGACCGGGACGGCCUGGCACCUCUCGUCAGAGACCUGCCAUACAUGAGUUUGCCACAGAUCUCCAUGCUGUUUGAACCUACAGACGUCACCCUGCUCCUGCCACGGUUCACUGUCGACUAUAGCGAGGAUAUGAUCGGACCCCUUCGGAGCAUGCGCAUAACGUCUCUCUUCUCACCAACGGCGAAUCUUUCUGGAAUAUUUGAGGGCGAUUCACCGCAAAUCAACAGUAUAUUCCACCGAGUUCACUUAGCAGUCGACGAGUCGGGUACAGUCGCCGCCGCAGCCACCGCAGCAAUGGUCAUACCGCUCAUACAUAACGGGGUUCAGAUCCGUGUGGACCACCCUUUCGCGUUAUUCAUUAGAGAUAAUAGGCAGGGCCUGGUGCUGUUUGAAGGGAAAAUUGAAGAACCAACGGCGUAUGUCGAGAAAAAUGGAUUGGCUGGUCAGGCAGUAAAAAAUAACACAGGCAAUCCCAUCAAAAGGUCUUAUGGAUAAAUCAAUUCAAUUCAUAUUUUUUUUAACUAUUAAUUUUAAAAAUGUUAUAGUGACUGUCUCGUGCCUGUAAGCUACAUCUAUUAUACAACAAUAAACCAUUGUUACAACUACAAGUAAUAAUAAAAUAAUACCUAUGAUAA